AUGGCAAGUCUGACUCCCUCUUCCAGGAAGACUGUCCUGGACUUUAAUGUGUCUGAUGAUGAUGUGAGGAGGCACUCCACCCAGAUCCUGGAGACCUUUGGGGCCAUUGAAGGGUCCGAGCCUAUUGGAUUCCCAGUGGGAGGAGAUGGUCACCAUGGGGAUAUGGAGACCACAGUGAUGCCCUAUCUGAAYGUGCUGUCAGACUUCAGAGAAUCUGUUCGCAAAAUCGCCAGAGAACAGAAUGUGACAGAGGUGCUACAGCUGUGUGACGUGGUCCGUAAUGACACCUUACCUGAGCUGGGGGUGCGCCUAGAAGACCAUGAAGGCCUUCCCACUGUGGUGAAGCUGGUGGACAAAGAGACCCUGCUGAGGGAGAGGAAUGAGAAAAAGAAGAUGGAGGACGAGAAGAAGAACAAGAAAGAGGAGGCUGCCAAGAAGAAGCAGGAGCAGGAGUUGGCCAAACUUGCAAAGAUGAAAAUCUCCCCAUGCGAUAUGUUCCGCUCUGAAACCGACAAGUAUUCCAGCUUUGAUGAAACGGGUUUCCCCACGCGUGAUGUGGAGGGGAAGGAUCUCAGUAAGGGACAGACCAAGAAGCUGCGGAAACUCUACGAGGUCCAGGAGAAACUGCACCAAGAGUAUCUCCAGACCAAUCAGAAUGGCUGCUGAGAGUCCUGGGCCACGUUCAGUUGUCAAACGUUCUCGAAUGUUGCAGAUAGUUACGCCACUAUUGGAGCCGACAUGAUUCCUUAAUCUACAUGUCAGAGAGAAGCAUGUUUGUUCUACAUAGCCUAUUUCUAUCUGAACGUUCCAGAAACGUUGCGUCCUGCUGAACACGCCCCCUGGAGGACGCUGCUCCGCCCCCUGGAGGACGCUGCUCCGCCCCCUGGAGGACGCUGCUCCGCCCCCUGGAGGACGCUGCUCCGCCCAUAGCGAUAGUUCUGUCCUCAUUUGUCGUUAUUCUGUUCCUCCAAUCCAUUUUUUUGCUAAAUCUCAACAAUUCCCUGCGUAUUAUGUGAGGGCUUGUAAAUUUGACCAAUCACCGCACUAUUUCUGAAUAAAGCAGUCAAAUUGUCGCAAUAUUAUCUAAAAAAUGUACCCAUCACCGCAGUACAAAAAAAGAGCGCUUGCCAUUUCAACCAAUCAUCUCACAUUUACCGCAUAAUAUAGUUCAUUCAAGCCACACGACAAAACUUUUCCCUCAUGCAGAAUUUACAGCAGCAAAAUAAAGCUUUUUUUUUUCUCUCAGCAAAUUACACACAAAAAAUCACUGUGAAUUCCUGGAGGGCCUGACUAUUGGUGAUGCUGAGGCCAGAGAGACCCUGGGCGUGUUUCAAUAGUCUAAAGAAUGAUCUCCUCGUCUUUGUUAGCCUCCUCUGAGUUGACACGUCAGGACGGUGAAGGUAAUAUGGUGGAGGGUUAUUUUCUUUCUCCUCCUCUUUUACAUGAGAGCAGGUGGGGAGAUGAAUCCACUCUCCCAGUGGUUUUAAGACCUUGGCACAACCUGGGCUCCUUUGCACUGCACUCCAUGGGGUCCCGUUAAAGGGUUGGUUCAAUCAAAAUCACUAAUUGAUACAUUUUGUUUGUUGUUGUUGGUGAUUGACRGCAACUACGGUUCGGAUUCAGUUACUUUCCUACAGCUACCAGCGGCUAAGAUUGGUAUUGAUGACUCCGUUUCACUUGUUUUAGCUUUAACUAAAUUGCGUGCCAAAAUGAACUCUGCGUAAAACCACACCUGGGGGUAAUCGAUAGCGAUGCUAAAGUGUGUCUGUGGUUGCUUUAGCAAAGUAAUAAUAACCUACUAGUUGUAGACUCCCUGGCCCGACGACAACGUGUCUGUGGUUGCUUUAGUUAAGUAAUAAUAACCUACUAGUUGUAGACUCCCUGGCCUGACGACAACGUGUCUGUGGUUGCUUUAGCUAAGUAAUAAUAACCUACUAGUUGUAGACCUCCCUGGCCUGAC